GCGGCUGCAGACGACGACGAAGAAGGACGAAAGUGCGGAACGUAGGGCGUCCGGAGGCUCGGGCCUCAGCAUCAUUCAUUUCGAUCGGCCCCGUGCGAUUUGUGCCCAUCGACGUGCGUCGCGGCAUAUCUGGUUCGCUUUUCGAGUGCAGGCCUCGGCGCAAGUGCGCCUCGAUCCGAGCGUUCAAUAGACGGUUCCCUCUCUCCUCGAUUCUUCUUUUUCUGCUUCCGCAUCGACGCGACGCGACGCGAGGGUGCUGUCUCUCGCUCGCUCGCUCGCUCCCUCGCUUUCUUGUUUCCUCUCUCGCUCGCUGUGAUUCUUGCUCUUCCGAUCCGACGACAUCUCGCCUCGUAGCAUCGCAUUUCGUUUCAUUCCGUUUUCAUCUGGCCCGCGCCUAGAGUUCGACCAUGGCGGCUGCCUUGUGCUCGUCGUCUCUGGCGCAUUCUGCAUCGCUCGCAGCAGCCAAUGCCAAAUUUGAGUCGUCAGCCGCUGCCCGUUCUGUCUCCGAUGGGCAGAGGAGAUUGCAGGCCUCGAGCCCCCGAUGGGCUUUUUCUUCGUCGGCGCUCUUCUCUGACCUCCGCAUUGCCUCGAGCAAUGCCGUGCUGCCUGCGUCGAUCGUUUCUCGUCGCAGGACGGGCGGAGUGAGAUGCCAAAAUGGUGCGUCCGUGGGAGUGGCGGAGAAGGUCCGGGAGAGAGAUGUCAGCGCCGAGACUCUGCUCACCACCGUGAUGAAAUUCGGAGGAUCCUCUGUGGCUUCGGCCGAGAGGAUGCGAGAGGUCGCCAACGUCAUUCUGAGCUUCCCUGAGGAGAGACCGAUCAUCGUUCUGUCGGCAAUGGGAAAGACCACCAACAAUCUUCUCAAGGCCGGAGAGUCUGCUGUAAAUUGUGGGCCUGGGAAGUCCUGCCUUAUCAGUGAGCUGGGCGUCAUCAAGGAGUUGCACAGAGAAACUUGUCAGAAACUCGAGCUCAGUGAAGAUCUAGUCAAUGGUUUGCUUGAGGAGCUAGAGCAGCUACUUACUGGAAUAGCUAUGAUUAAAGAGCUGACCCUGCGCACGCGAGAUUACCUGGUCUCUUUUGGCGAGCGCUUAUCUACUCGUAUUUUUGCUGCUUAUCUAAAUAAAAUGGGUGUGAAGGCAAGACAGUAUGACGCUUUCGAAAUUGGCUUCAUCACCACAGACGAGUUUUCGAAUGCAGAGAUUCUUGAAGAAACUUACCCCAAAGUUGGACAAGUUUUAGCUGAUGACUACGCCAAGAAUCCUGCAAUCCCAAUUGUCACAGGGUUUCUAGGGAAGGGUAUCAAGACUGGACGUAUCACAACCCUUGGCAGAGGAGGAAGUGAUCUUACUGCCACUGCCUUGGGAAAAGCUUGCAAAUUGAGAGAAAUCCAGGUCUGGAAGGACGUCGAUGGUGUGUUGACUUGUGAUCCAAAUAUUCACAAGGGCGCAAUUGCAGUGAAGGAGUUGACUUUUGAUGAAGCAGCAGAACUCUCAUAUUUUGGUGCUCAGGUUUUACAUCCUCAGUCCAUGAGACCUGCCAGAGAAGGUGAUAUCCCCGUAAGAGUGAAGAACUCCUACAACCCCAAGGCCCCGGGUACCAUCAUCAGCAAAGCAAGAGAUUUGUCCGAGGCGCAAUUGACAAGCAUAGUGUUGAAGAAGAGUGUGACUAUGUUGGACAUUGUGAGCACCCGAAUGCUUGGUCAGUACGGAUUUCUCUCCAAGGUCUUCUCUGUAUUUGCCGAGAAUGGCAUAUCUGUAGAUGUCGUAGCCACUAGUGAAGUUAGUAUCUCGCUCACUUUGGAUCCGUCCAAGCUUUGGGAAAGAGAACUUAUUGAGCAACAGGAACUACAGCGGUUGCAGGAUGAGCUGUCAGGUAUUGCGACGGUGAAUUUAGUGCAAAAGAGAUCCAUAAUUUCGCUCAUCGGCAACUACCAAUGCUUCUCCACGAUCUUGGAGAAGGCGUUUGGUGUGAUGCGUAAGAAAGGAAUCAAUGCACAGAUGAUCUCGCAGGGUGCUUCGAAGGUGAAUGUUUCAAUAGUGGUGGACGAUCAAGAGGCAGUCGAACUAGUAAGGUCGUUACACAGAGUAUUUUUCGAAGGAGAAGCCUAAAAAUUCGAUUUAAAUUCACGUGGACUCCACUAUUAUAUUUAACCUUGGCCAAACAAUAGUUUGGCUUCGUCAGUUUUGUGCUCGGAAAGUCUUUCGAGCAGAGGCAUUAUCAUCAUUCAUCAUCCAUGCGCUUCAACCAAUACUGCCGCUGUCAGCCGUUUCCGAGUUCCAUUGAAGCUAUGAAGCGGGAGUUGUGCAAGAACAUCAGCAAGCUCAGAGAAUUAGUCUGAAGACACGGCAGACGAUUGUCAAGAAGGAUGACCUUUGAGCUCAUCCUCGCGUUGUGGCGAAGUAGCUAGCAGUCGUAGAUGUAGGACAUGAGAAUUGAGAAGUGGUAGGUAGAAGGUGACCCACCCUGGCUCUAGCGGUGUAGUCUUACCAGGGUUCAUUAGAGAUUGUUCAUGGAGCUUGAUUUCCUUUGUCAACGUUACAUGGUUGAAAUUCCAAUCCCAAUUCAAGGUCUUCGAGCAGACUAGACCUUUCCGUUACCCGACUGGCUUCUCGCAAAUGUGGGUACACGCUUGAGUGAUGUGAAGCUUGAUGAAUUCUACACAGACCGGCGACACGAGAGAGAACUCCAAUGCGUGUUUCAAAUUGGAAGAGAGUGAAUUUACCAUGAGCCCGAUGACAUUUUCUG